CUCAACCCUAACCCUCUCUUUCUCUCUCUAAACCCAUCCUCACUUGACUCGCCUAUCCCUAUCUCUUACCCCAAUCUCCUUACUUUCUCUCUCUAAAGUCCUCUCCAAUCUCUCUCUGCACUUCGGAAAUGAAUCGGAGAAUCAGAACCCUACACAGAUCAUCCUCCAAGCGAGAUGAGGCUUUCCAUCGGUACCUGAAGCCAGGCGCACUCGCUCAACUCAGGGAUUCGCGGAUCAGCGCCAGAUCGCACCGAGUCGACUCGCACUCGCAGAUCCAUCUUCACCGUACAUCUUCGCCGCCCUCUUCUCCUUUGCCUACUCAGAUCGACGCCUUUCCUUGCUUCACCGGGAGGAACUACGGCCCCCGGUGCUUGCAGCGGAAGAAGCUUGUUGCGGCGAAGUCCGUGUUUCUGAAGAGUUCGAGUCCAGCGAGUCCGAUGUCGGACUCGCCCGAUUCGGUCGUUGUAGAUUUGUUCGGCCCUGAGAUUCUUGUGGCUUAUUGAGUGAAGUGGUUUUGACAUUUUUUUUCCCUUUUUACUAUUGUAGAUUUACUACUAUCUGUAGUGGAACAACAGUUUUCGGUUUCAGUUGGGGAAUUAGGUGGAAAAUAUGAAAGAUGGAGAUGAGAUUAAUAAUGAAAUCAUUAAUUGUUCCUUUGUAGA